AUGGACGGUGCGGGCGGCGCUGCCGAAGGGGAGCGCGGAGCGCGCGGAGCCCACGGAGCCCGCGGAGCCCACGGCGCGAGGACGUCUCCGGGCUCCUCCGUCCCCGCCGCCGCCGCCACCGCCGCCGCCGCCUCGGGGGUCGCUCAGCGCCGGCGCUCGCAGCACCAGCGCGGGGCUCGGCCUCUCGCCCGCCGGCGCUCGCCUGCUGCGGGAGCGGAGAUGGGGCCGCGUGGCGCAGCCGCCGUGGCCGUGGCGCUGUGGGUGCUGGUGGCGGCGGGCGACGCGGCGGAGCCUGGCGCGGCGACGCCCCGGCGCUGCCUCCUGUCGCACUACCGCUCGCUGGACCCCAGGGCGCUGGCGGCCGUCCAGGCGCUGCGGGACCAAUACGAGGAGGACACGCUGAGCUGGCGGCCGCGCAACUGCUCCUUCCGCCCGAGGAGGGAUCCUCCGCGGCCCUGGUCGUGCGCGCGCCUCCGCCUGGUGGCCCGGGGCCUGGAGGACGCCCAGGCCGUGCUGAGCCGCCUGCGGAGCCCCGAGAGGUUGCCCGGCACCGGCCCGACCCUGGAGCUGCUGGCGGCCGCGCGGCGGGACGUGGGGGCCUGCCUCGAGCUGGCCCGGCCAGGCUCCCGGGGCAAGUCCGUGCGGCCGCCGAGGAGGCGUCCCCAGAGGCGGAGAGCUGACUCGCCUCGGUGCCACGAAGCCAGCGUGAUCUUCAACCUCCUGCGCCUGCUCACGAGGGACCUGAGGCUGGUGGCGGACUCCGGGCCUUGUCUCUGA